CCUGGUGAUCCGGUCCUGGCUCCGAGGAACCCGGACAGGACCCUUGGCCGUUUGAAUGGAACUUCCCUGCGGAUAUUGCAGGCUAUCGAAAUCCCCAAUUUCGUUCCAGCGCCCGCCAUCAAUGAUGGACCGAACUCAGGAGAGCGUCGCCCGUGACCAGGUGGCCUGAUCAAAAGGCGGCCGUUCCCCAGAGAGCAGGAAUGCCCUGGAGGAACCCGUGCCUGUCAUCAACAUCACCGCCGCCCUGACAUCUGACAGCCGCUCCUUCCAGUAGCUAGUCCUCACAUUCAUUUUCGGCAAUGGCUUCCUCUCGUUCCAUGACCUGCCUCCGGGCUGCCGUCUCUCUCAUCGCUUUGGCCGCCACCUCCCAGGCCGUGCCCCAGGCGAAGCGUGAUGGUGCUCCCGCGACCCUCGAGGCCCCGUACCUGGGCUGCUUCGUCGACCAGGGUGCCCGCGCCUUGCCUGACAACCUUCUUGGGGCCGACGACAUGACGGCCCAGAAAUGCGCCGAACACUGCUCCAACUACAGCUACUUUGGCGUCGAAUACGGCCGCGAGUGCUGGUGCGGCAACAGCCCGCCCGAGAGCCCCGCUCCCGAGUCCGAGUGCUCGUUCCCUUGCGCUGGAGACAACACCCAGAUCUGCGGAGCCGGUAACCGAAUCAACGUCUGGGGCUCUCCUCUCCCCUCCCCGGAAAACGUCGGCGAUUACGAGUACAUGGGCUGCUUCACCGACAAGGGCGAUGCGCGCGUGCUGCGCGGGACCGCCUUCUUCGACUCGGCUAUGACUCUCGACAAGUGCGCUAGCUUCUGCAGCCUCUACUCCUUCUUCGGCGUCGAGUAUGGAUCGCAGUGCUUCUGCGGCACCGUUCUGGCCGACAGCGCGGAGCAGCGGCCCCAAGGCGAAUGCUCCAUGCGUUGCAGCGGCGACUACAACAGCGUGUGUGGAGAUGCCGACCGCCUCAACGUCUUCGUCAGCACCGACUGCAAGCAAGACCCCGCCAACGUACCUACUGUUGCUGGCUUCACCUAUAAGAGCUGUUGGGUCGACAACGUCGCCGGCCGCGUUCUGACCGGCCAGGAGCUCCGCGCGGACGACAUGACCGUCGAGAAGUGCGCCAACUUUUGCCAGGGCUUCAAGUACUUUGGUCUCGAGUACUCGCGCGAGUGCUACUGCGGCAAUGAGCUUGGCGGCGUGGCUGCUGCGGAGGAUCAGUGCAGCCAGGUGUGCGUGGGCGAUGCCACGCAGUGGUGCGGUGCCCCUGACCGCCUUAAUAUCUACGAGGUCGCUGUUUAGGCUUCCCCAGCAAGAUGGGAUCUGAAGAACUAGGCUGCAGAGCAUCUUGCUAGUUAAUGUUAAUCUUGUAACUAAUCCAAAAACAUGCCAAC